AUGGCUGACCCAGAGACCCCCCGCACGCCCCGUUCAUUUUCCAGCCUGUCCAAGCAGUCAAUUUCAGGUCACUCCAAGAGCAAACGCACAUCCUCCACACUGGCCCCCAGUGACUUUUCUGUGGAAGUGCCAGAAGUUGCAGUUGAAGAGAUUCAUGAGAGGCCUGUCUCAAACGUGCCCAUCUCAGCCACUCCAGAGGAUGUAUACUCCUACACCAAAUGGCUGAGAGAAGCAUUUAAAAACCACUUAGCAUUGAGUGGUAUAUCAAAGGAGUCAUGGACAGAUGAAAAUGAGCGAGCCUUGGAUAAAUUCAUCUCAGACCCUUCCAUCAGGCUUCUCGUUGUCUACCGUGACCCUUUCACCGGCCUACGUGUGGACUAUUCCAUGCCAGCAAAGGUGGUGGAGCAGAUGUCCUACUUCAUCCGUGCAGUGGACAGUAUAAUCACAGAGGAGAAUUUUAAGAGCUUGGUGCAGUUUGGUUCUGUGAGGGGAGGGGCCAUAGAGGGUCUCCUCAGGCUGAUGCAUGGGGUUCACGCCCCUCAGGUCACCAUCAGCACCGCCUGGCCGGAGAGCACCAAAAACAACUAUUCUGAACACAUGCACCGAUUCCUUACCAACCUUACAGACAGCAGAUUUAAACUGCUGGGCAGCACAGCGCUGUACAUUCCUCUGGAGGCUUUGCAGUACAGCCCAAAAAUGGCCGUCAAGAACAAGGAGCUAGUGUACAGACUUGAGAUGGUGAUGAUUCACUGGACACGUCAAAUAAAAGCAGUGUUGAAUGCUCAGGAGAUGGGAGAGAUGGAAGACAGCUCAGGCCCUCUGGAGGAGAUCUCCUUCUGGAAGAGCCGCUGUGCUGAUCUUGCCAACAUCAGUCAGCAGCUGCAGAAACCAGGAGUCUGUCAUUUACAGGCGAUUCUGCAGCUCUCGAAGUCUAACUACGUCCCAGCAUUCUGUAAACUAGCCAAGCAGAUCCAGGAUAGCUCUUUACAGGCCCAGUCGAACAUUUCCUUCCUGUCCCUACUGAAAGAGCCUUGUGAGGAGCUAGCUCAGCUCAAACCUCAUGAGAUACCACCCAAACUUGCUCACAUCCUCAACCUUAUCCGUGUGAUAUGGGUCAACUCCAGCUACUACAAUAAUCGUGACAGGAUCAUGGCCCUGUUCCGCAAGAUGAGUAAUGAGAUCAUCCAUCUGUGCUGUAAAGAGAUCUCUCUGGACAGGAUCUUCCAGGGUUACGUGAUCUCCAGCAAACAGAUUCUGAAGGACUGUAUCCAGUGCUGCCUGGCCUGGAAGGAGCUCUACCUGCACACCUCCCAGCUCCAUCACAAAUAUUCUUCCCAUGGCUGGUCACUUGACCAGACCAGCAUAUUUGCACUGGUGGAUGCCUUUGUCCAGAGAUUUAAAGAUCUUAUAGAGGUGUGUGAGUGCCAGCAGCAGUUUGCUCGUUCUGAAGAGGAGGAGCGGAUGCCGUUGCCAUGCUUUGCAGGACGUCAGGGUUCAGAGGUCACUCAGAGGCUGCUGUACAUAGAAGCAACUUUUGACAAGAUCCUGCAGGCCCUGCACUCUGUUAAGGACAUCCUAAGCAUCAGAAACAACUCUUGGCAUAAUGACUUCCGCAGAUUUUGUGCUGAAGUCAAAGAUCUGGAGGUGAUGAUACAGAAUUUGAUCACUUCGGCCUUUGAGACUGUGAACAGUGUAGAGGAAGGAGUACAGCUGCUCGACGUGUUUCAACACCUGUCUGCAAGAGAGGCCAUCAAGCGGACCAUUGACAAAAAGACAGUGGAUAUAUAUACUUUGUUUAGUGCUGAGCUGGUUGUGGUCAAUGAGAUGUUGGCCAGGAUGUCUUCUUUGAGUCCUGCUCAAAUGCCCCAAUAUGCAGGACAAGCCCACUGGGCACGCGCCCUCCGCACACGGAUAGAGAGACCCAUGGAGGUUCUCCGGCAAGCUCACUUCCUCCCUCAAGUCAACAGUAGAGACGAAGUGCAUGUGGCAUACGCUCAGUUGGUUCUGAGUCUAGAUGAGAAGGUGAGGCGAAUAUUCACAGACUGGAGUCAGAGUCUGAAGAAAGAGUGUCUCACUAGUCUUGACCAGCCACUCAUGAUUCACUGUAAGGAGAAAACAGGCCUGCUGGACAUCAACUUCAACAAGGACCUGUUGAAGAUGUUUAAUGAGAUUCAUUACUGGGACCGGCUGCUGUUUGAGAUCCCUCACUACGUCACAGAGGUGUAUCAGCGCAGAGAGGAACUUCGCAACCUGAGGGAGAAUGUCCUGCUGGUGGUCAGAGAUUACAACAGAAUCAUAACGGCCCUAAAUGCAGAUGAGCUUGGUCUCUUCUCUGAGAGAAUCCGGUUUUUGGAUAAGAAAAUUAAGCCAGGCCUGUCUAAACUGCACUGGUCAACAAAAGGAACAGCCAGCGUCUUUAUUAAUGACUGCAGAGUACAUGCCAACAAGGUCCAGUUAAUGGUGGAUGAGUAUAAGGCCGCUAACCUGGCUGUCUCUAAGCUCUGUACUCAGAUCAGUGAGCAGCUGUUGGUGCGUGUGGAUGGCAGGGUUGUCUAUGGAGAUCUGGAGUUCCAGGAAGAUCAGCAGAGUCAUCAGCACAGCCAGCUGCUGCAGUUGCAGACCGCUCACCAGGACAUUGUCAACAUCAUGGCCAGAGUCUACAGGACAUUCCACACAGAUGGCCCAGAGGUGCAGCAGCACUGGGUGUUAUACACGGAAAAGAUGGACCGGAUGGUCGAGGAGGCGUUUCGUGUAAAUAUAAAGCGCUCUCUGCAGGAGCUCUCUAAAGCCAUCAAUGGAGAUGGCAAGACCUCCCCAAACCCCUUAUUUAGAGUAGAGGUGGUACUGAGAAAGAACACCCCUGGAUCUACUGCUCAGGUGGAUUUUUCUCCCUCUCUUCAGAAACUGGCCCAGCUAGUGAACAGCAUUUGCGCUCAGCUCAUCAACACAAUCUCAGUGUUCAGACGUCUGCCUGACCUGCUGACCCAUCAGCACUUGCAGAGAAAACCCAUCCACAGCAUCAUUGAGCAAGAUGAAGAAAUUUGUAAGAUCCAGGCAGCCAUCGCCACAGGUAUGGUAACAAAUGCCUCUUACCUACAGACCUACCUGAAGACCUGGGACAAGCACAGAGAGAUCUGGGAAAUCAACAAAGACGCCUUUAUCAACCGCUAUCAGCGGCUCAACCCACCAGUGUCUUCCUUUGAUGCUGACAUAGCCAGAUACACAGAGGUGGCGAAUAAUGUCCAGAAGGAGGAGAUGGUGUUAAGUUUGCAGUUUGUAUUGCUGGACUGUUCUCUGCUUAAAUUCUCUCUGUUGCAGCAUUGUAACGAGUGGCAGAGCAAGUUCACACAGCUGCUCAGCCUUAUGGCCAGUAACAAACUCAAAGAACUGCACAGCUUUCUGCAGGAUAACGCUCUCAGGGUGUCUCAGCCUCCACAGACUCUAGAGGAGCUGGUAGUGAGUCUAAAACUGCUGGAAACUCUGCAGGCAGAUCUAAGUAAGAUUGAAAGUCAGAUUCCACCCAUCCAUGAGCAGUUUGCCAUCCUUGAGAAAUAUGAGGUUAUCGUCGAACCUGCUGUGUUGGAGUUGCUGGAGGCUCUGAAUGGAGAGUGGGUGUGGUUCCAGCAGGUUGUGAUUGACAGUGACAUUAUGUUGAAGAAACACAAAGACAUGAUGAAGAGCAGUCUGAUCCUCUCCUCGGAGGAGUUUAAGAAGAAGACGCAGUCUGCCCUACAGAGCUUCAACAAUGCUGGUCCCUUUGGCAGUGGGGUGACACCAGAUUCUGCACUGCAGCAGGUGUCAGUGCUGCAUGCUCAGUUGGAGGCUCUUAAAGAAGAGGAGGAAAGCAUAUGUCACGGAUGCAAUAUAUUUAAAAUUGAACAGCCCACCUCCAAAGACAUCCUCACUUUAGAGAAGGAUCUGGAUUACCUGCAGCAGGUAUGGGAGAUUGCCCAGCAGUGGGAAGCUCUGUGGGAUGAGUGGAAGGGUGGGCAAUUGACAUCUCUACAGACCAAGGUCAUGGAGAACACUGCACAGACUAAGUUCAAGAGACUCCACAAACUCAACAGAGAGUUCAAGGACAAGCAGUGGGAUGUUGUGGACUUCACUAAGAGCAGGAUCGAGCAGUUUAAAAAAAUCGUCCCGCUGAUCACAGACCUCAGGAAUCCAGCCAUGAGAGAGAGGCACUGGGAUCAAAUAAGACAUGAGGUGCAGCAGUCAUUUGAUCCAAACAGUGCAGACUUCACUCUUGAGAAGAUUGUGGCUCUGGGUUUGGACCAUCAUACUGAGUGCAUCAGUGACAUAUCAGGAGCUGCCAGCAAAGAGCUCUCCAUAGAACAGGCGCUGGAAGGCAUCACAAAGACUUGGGAGGAAACGUUCCUGGACAUCACACCUUACAAAGACAAGGGUCAUCACAGACUGGGGGGAACAGAUGAAGUGUUCCAGGCUCUGGAGGAUAACCAGGUGACACUUUCUGUUAUAAAAGCAACUCGUUUCGUCAAAGCGUUUGAGAAGGAAGUUGACCACUGGGAACGCAGUCUAUCUCUGGUGCUGGAAGUCAUUGAAAUGAUCCUUACUGUGCAAAGACAGUGGAUGUAUCUGGAGAACAUCUUCCUGGCAGAAGAUAUACGUAAGCAGUUGCCUCGUGAGACAGCUGAAUUUGAUUAUGUGAACUCCAGUUGGAAGAUCAUUAUGGACCAACUCAACAAGGAUAAAAAUGCUCUGAGAGGAACACACCACCCAGGUCUUCUGGAGAAGCUCUCGGACAUGAACACUAAGUUAGAAGAGAUUCAGAAAUCUCUGGACAUGUACCUGGAGACCAAAAGGCAGAUCUUUCCCCGAUUCUACUUCCUGUCUAACGAUGACCUGCUGGAGAUUCUGGGCCAGUCACGCAACCCUGAAGCUGUGCAGUCACACCUCAAGAAGUGCUUUGACAACAUAAAGAGUCUCCGCAUCAAUAAGGUUGGUAUCAGCAGCAGUAAGUCAGAGGCCAGUGGGAUGUUCUCAGCUGAAGGGGAGUUUGUUGACUUCACUCAUCCUGUUCUUCUGGAGGGGCCAGUGGAGGCAUGGUUGUGUGAUGUGGAGCGGACCAUGCGCUGUACUCUGAAGGACUGUCUAAAGAACUGUGGCACAGCUCUCAAGAAGAUGGCAGGAAAGAGGGGCAAAUGGGUGCGAGACUGGCCAGGACAGAUGUUGAUCACUGCCAGUCAAAUCCAGUGGACCACAGAUGUCACAAGAGCACUCAUGACCAGCAAAGAAAGAGCAGAUAAAUCUGCCCUUAAAUCACUGAAAAAGAAACAGAUGUCCAUGCUUAAUCAAUACUCUGAAGCCAUACGAGGGAACUUAUCAAAGAUCCUGCGUCUAAAGAUAGUCGCCCUGGUCACCGUGGAGGUGCAUGCCCGUGAUGUCAUCAGCAAACUAGCCAAGGCGGGCUGCUGUGAUGUCAAUGCCUUUGACUGGCUCUGCCAACUCCGCCUCUACUGGGACAAGGAUGUGGAUGACUGUGUCAUCAGACAGACCAACACACACUUCCGCUACUGCUAUGAAUACCUGGGAAACUCUGGCCGUUUGGUCAUCACUCCCCUCACAGACAGGUGUUACAUGACUCUAACCACAGCGCUUCAUCUGCACCGGGGAGGUUCUCCCAAAGGCCCCGCUGGCACUGGGAAGACGGAGACAGUGAAAGACCUCGGGAAAUCUCUGGGAAUGUAUGUGAUAGUGGUAAACUGCUCAGAGGGGCUGGACUUCAAAUCUAUGGGCCGCAUGUACUCUGGUUUGGCUCAGACGGGUGCAUGGGGUUGUUUUGAUGAGUUUAACCGCAUAAAUAUUGAGGUGCUGUCGGUGGUGGCUCAGCAGAUCCUGUCAAUCCUGUCUGCUCUGACUGCAGGCCUCAAGAGUUUAAUCUUUGAAGGAAGACAGAUCAACUUGGUCUGGUCUUGUGGAAUCUUUAUCACCAUGAAUCCAGGCUAUGCUGGCCGCACUGAGCUGCCUGAUAAUCUCAAGUCUAUGUUCAGGCCCAUCUCCAUGGUAGUUCCAGACUCCACCCUUAUAGCUGAGAUCACUCUCUUUGCAGAGGGUUUCAAUAACUGCAAGGUGUUGGCUAAGAAGGUCUUCACCCUGUAUUCUCUGGCAGUCCAGCAGUUGUCUAAACAGGACCACUAUGACUUUGGCCUGCGUGCUCUCACCUCUCUACUUCGCUAUGCUGGAAAGAAGCGCAGAGCUUGCUCUUACAUUGCCGAUGAAGAGAUCUUACUGAUGUCUAUGAAAGACAUGAACAUAGCUAAGCUGACCUCCAUCGAUUUGCCACUGUUUAAUGGGAUCAUCCAGGAUCUUUUCCCUGCUGUGGAAACACCCACUAUCGACUAUGGAAAGUUAAAAGAGGCUAUAGAGGCAGAACUUCGUCGGAGUGGUCUACAGGUGACCCCCUUCACCGUGACCAAGGUAAUUCAACUGUACGAGACCAAAACUUCCAGACACUCAGUAAUGAUUGUUGGAAAAACAGGCAGCGGCAAGACAGUCACAUGGAGAACCCUUCAGAACGCCCUCAGCACCCUGCACCGCAACGGAGAGCAGGAGUACAGCCUCAUACAUGAGUGUCCCCUAAACCCUAAGGCAGUGAGCCUUGGAGAGCUGUACGGAGAAUACAACCUCGCCACCAAUGAGUGGACUGACGGCAUCCUCUCCUCCCUCAUGAGAGCGUCUUGCGCAGAUGAGAAGCCUGAUGAGAAGUGGAUUGUGUUUGAUGGGCCAGUGGACACACUGUGGAUCGAGAGCAUGAACUCUGUAAUGGACGACAACAAAGUCCUCACACUCAUCAACGGAGAAAGAAUCUCCAUGCCUGAACAGGUUUCGUUAUUAUUUGAAGUCGAGGAUCUAGCCGUUGCGUCCCCUGCUACCGUGUCUCGCUGUGGUAUGGUUUACAAUGAUUACUCUGAUUUGAGCUGGAAGCCCUACGUUCAGUCUUGGAUGGAAAAACGGCUGAAGGUUGAAAUGGAUCAUCUAAAGCAGCUGUUUGAGCGGUACGUGGAGAAGACCCUCACUUUUAAAAAGACUAACUGUAAGGAACUGGUGACCAUCAGUGAACUGAAUGGAGUGGCAUCGCUGUGUAGACUGUACGACUCACUGGCCACUCCAGAGAACGGGGUGAAUCCAGCGGACUCCGAACACUUUGGCCGUAUGGUGGAGCUCUGGUUCAUCUUCAGUCUCAUAUGGUCUGUGUGCGCUUCUGUAGAUGAGGAUGGACGCAAGAAGAUUGACACCUAUCUUCGUGAAAUAGAAGGAAGUUUUCCAAACAAGAACACCAUCUACGAGUAUUAUGUGGACACCAAGAAUAAGACGUGGGCAUCAUUUGAGGACAAGCUGCCCAAGGGCUGGCGCUACGGUUCCAAUGCUCCAUUCUAUAAGAUCAUGGUGCCCACAGUGGACACAGUGCGAUAUCAUUACCUGGUGAAGACUCUUGUGUGCGCUCAGCACCCUGUGCUUCUGACGGGUCCAGUGGGGACAGGAAAGACUUCAGUGGCCCAGAGUGUCCUGCAGAGCCUGGAUUCAGGCACAUGGGCCACAUUAACGGUCAACAUGUCCUCACAGACUAGCUCUAAUAAUGUGCAGGAGAUAAUUGAGUCUCGGAUGGAGAAGAGGAUUAAAGGUGUGUAUGUGCCGGUCGGAGGGAAGAAGAUGCUUGUGUUCCUUGAUGAUCUGAACAUGCCUGCCAUGGAUGACUUUGGCUCCCAGCCUCCACUGGAGCUGCUCCGCCUCUGGAUCGACUACGGCUUCUGGUAUGAUCGCCAGAAACAGACCCUCAAGUGUAUGAAGGACAUUUUCCUCCUGGCAUCCAUGGGGCCCCCCGGUGGAGGAAGGACUCUCAUAUCAGGACGUCUGCUGAGCCGUUUUAAUCUCAUUAACAUGACCUUCCCUACAGAGUCUCAGAUAAAGCGCAUCUACGGCACCAUGAUCAGCCAGAAGCUGCAGGAGUUUGAGGAGGAUGUGAAGCCCAUCGGGGAGGUUCUGACCCAAGCCACUCUGGAGCUCUACCAUGCCAUUACCGCCCACUUCUUACCCACACCCGCAAAAAUACAUUAUCUCUUCAACCUCAGAGACAUCUCCAAGGUAUUCCAGGGUUUAUUGCGUGCACACAGAGACUUCCACGACACUAAGCAGAGCAUCACACGCCUUUGGAUUCAUGAGUGCUUCAGGGUCUUUUCUGAUCGAUUGGUGGAUUAUACAGACAUGGAGACAUUUGUGGGACUUUUGUCAGACAAACUGGCUUCCCAUUUUGAUGUUCCCUACCACAGCAUCUGCCCCAACAAACAGCCCCCUUUGUUUGGGGACUUCCUGAAAGAGCCACGUGUGUAUGAAGACCUGUUGGACUUUAAGGCUCUGAAGGUUUAUAUGGAGACUCAACUGGAGGACUAUAAUCUAACGCCUGGUGUGGUGCCAAUGAGCCUGGUGCUCUUUAGAGAUGCAAUGGAGCACGUAACACGUGUGGUACGUGUGAUCAGUCAGCUCAGAGGGAAUAUGUUGCUGGUUGGAAUUGGUGGCUCAGGAAGGCAGAGUUUAACCAGACUAGCCACUUUCAUCUGUAAGUUUACACUCUUCCAGGUGGAGGUCACCAAACAGUACCGCAAACAAGAGUUUAGAGAGGACAUUAAAAAGCUCUAUCGGCUGACAGGAGUGGAAAACAAGCCCACUGUGUUCCUGUUUAACGACACACAGAUCGUGGACGAGUCAUUCCUUGAAGACAUUAACAACAUCCUGAGCUCAGGAGAAGUGCCCAACCUCUAUAAAGCAGAUGAACUCGAUGAGAUCCAGAAUGCUCUCUCAGACUCAGCCAGGAAGGACAAUAUCCUGGAGACGCCAGAUGCCAUGUUUAACUACCUGAUAGAGCGUGUCAGAAACAACCUGCACAUAGCGCUGUGUAUGAGCCCUGUGGGAGAUCCAUUCAGGAACCGUAUUCGACAGUAUCCAGCAUUGGUGAACUGCACGACAAUAGACUGGUUUUGUGAAUGGCCACGUGACGCUCUUAUGGAAGUGGCGGAAAGAUGUUUGGAUGGACUCUCUUUAGGGGACGUGGAUGGGAUCAAGAAUAAAGUUGCCAGUAUCUUCGUGACCGUGCACCAGUCAGUGGCCCUGUACUCUCACAGAAUGAAAGUAGAACUGAAGAGACACAAUUACGUCACACCCACCAACUACCUGGAGCUGGUUUCUGGAUACAAGAAGUUGCUGUCUGAGAAGAGCAAUGAGCUUGGAGAGCAAGUGUCUAAGUUGAGGAACGGUUUGUUUAAGAUCGACGACACACGCAGUAAGGUGGAGGCCAUGUCUGUGGAGCUGGAGGAAGCCAAGAUAAAAGUGGCAGAGUUCCAAAAACAGUGUGAGGAAUAUCUGGUUGUCAUUGUGCAGCAAAAGAGAGAGGCUGAUGAACAGCAGAAGGCAGUGGGCGCUCACAGUGAAAAAAUUGAAGCAGAGGAAAUCAAGUGUAAGGCCAUGGCAGAGAAUGCUCAGAGAGAUCUAGAUGAAGCAGUUCCUGCUCUAGAGGAAGCCAUGAAGGCUCUUGAGUCACUAAAUAAGAAAGACAUGACGGAGAUCAAGUCUUAUGGAAGACCUCCAGCUCUGGUGGAGACAGUCAUGCAGGCGGUUAUGAUCCUCAGAGGAUGUGAACCAACCUGGGCAGAGGCCAAGAGACAACUGGGAGAGGGCAACUUCAUUAAGCAGUUGGUGAAUUUUGAUAAGGAUAACAUCUCUGACCGUGUGCUGAGGACCAUCGGGCAGUAUUGCACGCAGCCCGACUUCCAGCCUGAGAUCAUCGGACGUGUCUCGCUCGCUGCCAAGUCCCUCUGCAUGUGGGUCAGGGCCAUGGAGGUUUAUGGCCGAAUCUUCAGGGUGGUAGAGCCAAAGAGAGCCAGGCUGAAUGGAGCAAUGACUCAACUGGCUGAGAAACAGGGCGCACUAGCUGAUGCCCAGGGCAAACUCCGAGAGGUAGGAGAGAAGCUAGAUCAGUUAAAGGGACAAUAUGAUGAAAAGCUGUCUCAGAAAGAGGAGCUACGGAGGAAAUCUGAGGACAUGGAGCUGAAACUGGACCGGGCUGGAAAGCUGGUGUCUGGGCUGGCAGGAGAGAGAGUCCGCUGGGAGGAGACAGUAGCUGGUCUGGAGAUGAACAUGUCCUGUCUGGUGGGUGACUGCUUGCUGGCUGCUGCCUUUCUGUCCUACAUGGGCCCCUUCCUGUCUAACUACAGAGAUGAGCUGGUCACAAAUAUAUGGAUGAAACAGGUGAGAGAAUUGGAUGUGCCAUGUUCUCCAGGGUUCAGUUUUGCGGUGUUCCUGUCUAAACCCACGGCAGUGCGCGAGUGGAACAUCCAAGGCCUCCCGUCUGAUGCCUUCUCCACUGAGAAUGGAGUCAUCGUCACCCGUGGCAACCGAUGGCCACUAAUGGUGGACCCUCAAGGACAAGCGCUAAAGUGGAUUAAGAACAUGGAGUCUAAAAGAGGAUUAAAGAUAAUAGACCUGCAGAUGCCUGAUUUCUUGCGGAUCCUGGAGAAUGCAGUGCAGUUUGGUUCCCCUGUUCUUCUGCAAAAUAUUCAAGAGGAACUAGACCCUUCAUUGGCUCCCAUCCUCAAUAAGUCCCUAACACGAGUUGGCGGGAGGUUCUUGCUGAAGCUGGGAGAUAAAGAGGUGGAAUACAGUCCUGAAUUUCGUUUCUACAUGACCACUAAACUCUGCAACCCUCAUUACACCCCUGAGAUCUCCUCCAAAACCACAAUUGUCAACUUUGCUGUUAAAGAACAGGGUCUGGAGGCCCAGCUGCUGGGGAUCGUGGUGAGAAAGGAGCGCCAUGAGCUGGAGGAGCAGAAGGACUCUCUGGUUAUGAACAUAGCUUCAGGCAAGAGGAAAAUCCAAGAGCUGGAGGAUGAGAUCCUGCGGCUGCUGAAUGAGGCGACCGGCUCCCUGCUGGAUGACGUUCAGCUGGUGAACACCCUGCAGAACUCCAAAGUCACAGCCACAGAGGUAGCAGAACAACUAGAGAUCAGUGAACUGACCGAGAGCCAAAUCGAUACUGCCAGAGAGGCCUACCGCCCGUGUGCACAGAGGGCAUCCAUCCUGUUCUUCGUUCUGAAUGAUCUGGGCUGUAUGGAUCCCAUGUAUCAAUUCUCUCUGGACUCCUACAUCACCCUUUUUAUCCUUAGCAUAGAGAGCAGUCCCCGCAGCCACAAACUAGAGGAGAGGAUCAACAAUCUCAACAGACACCACACUUACGCUGUCUACAGGUAUACCUGUCGUGGGCUGUUUGAGUGUCACAAGCUUCUGUUCAGUUUCCACAUGUGUGCCAAGAUCCUGGAGGCAUCCAAGAAACUCAACAUGGAUGAAUACGGCUUCUUCCUGCGGGGAGGACUGGUGCUGGAUAAGAAGAAACAGAUGGAUAACCCCUGUUCUAGCUGGCUGUUGGACUCUAACUGGGACAACAUUACAGAACUGAAUAAACUGAUUAAUUUCCAUGGACUCAUGGCCUCGUUUGAGCAGCAGCCUCGAGACUGGCAUCUCUGGUACACCUAUCCAGAACCAGAGAAAGCACCACUACCUGGAGAAUGGGACAGUAGGUGUAAUGAGCUGCAGAAGAUGCUGAUUGUAAGAUCUCUUCGACAGGAUCGCAUCUCUCUCUGUGUUACAGCCUUCGUCAUCAACAAUCUGGGCCCUCAGUUUGUAGAGCCGCCCAUUCUCGAUAUGAAGGCUGUUGUAGCAGACAGCACCACAAGGACUCCUCUGAUCUUUGUGCUGUCCCCUGGUGUGGACCCAACAGCAUCCCUGGUUCAGCUGGCAGAGACGUCAGGCAUGGGUCAGCGCUUCUUUGCCCUCUCAUUGGGUCAGGGCCAGGCACCCAUCGCAACACGCCUGAUCAAAGAGGGAGUCAAGAAUGGCCACUGGGUGUUCCUGGCUAACUGUCACCUGUCUCUCUCUUGGAUGUGUGAGCUGGAUAAGUUGGUGGAAGAGUUACAGGUCCAAGAAUCUCAUCCAGACUUCCGACUGUGGCUGAGCUCCUCCCCUCACCCAGAAUUCCCCAUCGCUAUCCUGCAGAUGGGCAUCAAAAUAACCACUGAGCCACCAAGGGGGGUAAAAUGGAAUAUGAAGCGUCUCUAUCAGCUGGUGUCUGAGUCUCAGUUCUCGCGCUGCUCACGGCCACUGCAGUACCGCAAGUUGCUCUUCACUCUGUGCUUCUUCCAUAGCAUCAUACUGGAAAGGAGGAAGUUCCUGCAGCUCGGCUGGAACAUCAACUACAGCUUUAAUGAUUCUGACUUUGAGGUGAGUGAGAAUCUUCUGAGUCUCUAUCUGGAUGAGUAUGAGGAGAUCCCCUGGGAUUCUCUCAAGUUCCUCAUCGCUGGGAUCAACUAUGGAGGUCACGUGACUGAUGACUGGGAUCGGCGUCUGCUUACCACUUACAUCAACCACUAUUACUGUCCUGCUGUUAUCGAUACAUCUUUCUUUAAGCUCUCCUCUCUGAACACUUACUAUGUUCCUCGUGAUGGAGCUCAGUCCACAUAUGUGGAGUUCAUUGGUCAGUUGCCAGCGCUGGAGCACCCAGAACUGUUUGGCCAACACCCCAAUGCUGACAUCGCCAGCCAGAUCACAGAGACUCGAACCCUCUUCCACACGCUGCUCUCACUACAGCCUCAGGUCACAAGCACUGACUCUUCCAGCACUGGAGGGACCAGAGAGGACAAGGUAUUGGAGCUUUCUGCUGAUGUGCUGCAGAAGAUUCCUGGUCAGAUAGACUAUGAAGGCACCAGGAAGUUGUUGAAGGAUGAUCUUUCACCUCUAAAUGUAGUACUACUGCAGGAGAUCCAGAGAUACAACAUACUGCUGCACACCAUCAGAUUGUCUCUCUUAGAGCUGGAGAAGGGCAUUAAGGGUCUGGUUGUGAUGUCCAGCAGUCUAGAGGAGACAUUUCUCUGUAUCCAUGAUGCUCGUGUGCCUCCUCUCUGGGAGAAGGCAUACCCAUCUCUGAAGCCCUUGGCAUCUUGGACGCGGGACCUGUGCCAGCGCGUGGAGCAGUUUGCUCGCUGGGCGGAGACUGCUCGCCCUCCUAUCCUCUUCUGGCUGUCUGGGUUUACCUUCCCCACGGGCUUCCUCACCGCCGUACUACAGAGCUCUGCACGCCAGCACAACGUGUCUGUAGACACUCUUUCCUGGGAGUUCACUGUCAGCACUGUGGAUGACAAAAAUCUACUUUUCCCUCCCAAGGAUGGAGUACUCAUCCAGGGGCUGUAUCUCGAGGGAGCAGGCUGGGAUAAGAAAGCUUCCUGUCUGGUGGAGGCAGAGCCCAUGCAGCUGGUCUGUCCCAUGCCCAACAUCCACUUCAAACCUGUGGAGAGCCGCAAGAGGGUCGCCAAGAAUACGUAUUCCUGUCCAUGUUACUACUACCCUGUGCGGUCUGGCGGUUCCGGCCAGCCAUCUUUUGUGGUGGCAGUUGACCUGAAGUCUGGUGCUGUGCCUUAUGAUCACUGGAUCAAGAGAGGAACUGCUCUGCUCAUGAGCCUUGAUAGCUAGACAGACACUAGUACACUCACACUUUCAGUGACAUAUUCUUGAUUAACACUCCAUUUCUAAUUUUAUUCAAUGCACAACAAAGAACAAGCACUUGUUUACCUCUCUUACGUAUUAGUAAAUUUCCUAAAAAGUUAAUUGCGCUAAAAUGAAAACUGUGUUAAUUUAUUGAGUUUUAUGAAUCUGAGGAAUCUGUAUGUGUUAAAUAAAAAAGUUAAAAAGACUCAACAUUUUCAAGUUCUAGAGAUGUUGCAGAUGUUUCUGACAUACAGUGCUUAAUGUCAACAUGAAUAA